AAAUUUUGGAUAAAUCGAAUGGACGGGGUUCAAAGGUUACAUGUAUGUAUGGUCACGAAUCAUUGUAUCACUUCAUAAAUGUACUAUUAUUGGAAGUGACCUGCUAAUCCAAGUAAUGAGACGUGAAAGAAGAUAUUUUAGGUCUGUUAAAACAUUUCUCAGCAAAUUUGUUACAACAGAGUUGUUCAAGAACUUUGACCUCAGCCGUGCGCCAUUUUGAAAGAAAAAUGUCGAGAGAGCUUCAACCUGUAAAUAAUAUAAAAUCACAACAUAUUUGUAAACCUGAAUGGACAUGUAGUAGUCAAUUUUGUUCAACAUUUACUAGAGAGAUGGCUCCAGAAAUAGCAUUCAAACCGAAUGGACAUCUAUUAGUUGAUGACAGACUAGAAAUAAAAAUUGAUAAACUUGACUCCAACCAGAAAGUGACUGUCUAUGCAUAUUUAGAAGAGGAAAAGAAGACAUUUGAGUCAUGUGGUUGUUUCACAGCAGAUAAACAAGGCAUAGUCAACUUGGGAAGACAGGCAUCAGUCUCAGGAACAUAUACAGGUGUUUCGGCUAUGGGGUUGUUUUGGAGUUUGGUACCUUGUCCUGGGCAGCUUGAUGGUAUAAGACUUAUGAAAAAGAAUUUAGACACACCUUUCACCACACAAAUCACAGUUUAUGAUGGGCACUUUUCCUUGGAAGAUAUAAGGGAGAAAACUCCUGCAGAACUUUGUAAAACUACUAUAGAGAGAUGGUACAAAUCUCCAGGUGUAACAAACUAUGAAGUGACAGAUGGAAAUGUCAGAGGAAAACUAUAUUUACCACCAGGUGAUGGGCCAUUUCCUGCAGUGAUAGAUCUGUUUGGAACAGUAGGUGGAGUAACAGAAUACAGGUCGGCCCUGCUUGCUUCCAGGGGGUUUGCAUCGUUAGCUUUGCCCUACUUCUUGUACAAAGAUUUGCCAAAAAGUUUAUUUGAUCUCAACUUAGAUUAUUUUCUGGAAGCUAUUGAUUGGUUGUUAUCACGUGACAACAUUAUAUCAAGUGGUUUAGGUGUGAUCGGGACAUCUAAAGGUGGGGAUAUAUCACUCAUGAUGGCGAGGUAUAGUAAAAAGGUACGUGCAGUAGUGAACAUUAAUGGUUGUACAUUUAAUGCAACAGCACCGAUGAAGUACAGUGGUGGCGAUAUACCAGAAGUACCACUUCUAUUUGACAAAAUUCUUAAUAUAGAUGGUAAAUAUGCUAUGCAUAAAGCAUUGGAUUAUGUACCUUCAGAUAUUUUUCAAGUAUGGAAAACUGAUGUGAAGAUAUUGAAUAUAUUAAGUGAAGACGACAUGUGUAGUCGAAGGAAUGUAUCCGAAUGUUGAAAGAUUUAUAUCCUAUAGAGGAAGACAGAUAAUUGUAUUGUUGCAUC